UAUUAUCUUUACUGAAUAUACAGAUCACAUUUUACCUUCAUGUACGAAAUAUAAUUAACUAUGUAUGCAUAUAUAUUAUAGCAUAUAUAAUCGUUUCCUUUUUUGCAUUUUGUUAUAAAUUACUUGUCAGUUAUUUUUUAAAUGUAAAAAAAAAAAAAACCCUAAAGAAAUUUGAGCCAUAUUGUGAUCACAUGAGGUGAAGGGAAGUCCUCAGGACCCUACACUUCACAGCAGUGUGUUGGAGCAGUUUGAUCCUGCAGAUAUGGAGAGGAGACCAGUCUAUAAUGCUUAUGGAGCCAGAGGAGGAAUCGACAACCCUGUGUACAUGCCUUCAGCGCCAGCCAUGUCUGCGCCCGCAUACAGAUCAGCGCCCCCUACUGGAUUUUACGACACAGUGCCGGGGUACGAGGGAACACUGGCUGGUGGAGGAGGAGGUUUUCUUCCUCCCCCGAUGCCCUCGGCACCCUUGCCACCCACGGACAACCUCCCUGCUCAACACAACUGGAAUAUCACCUCCAUCACAGAGGAAGCUGCACGUGAGGCGUUUAUUAGCUACGCGUCCAGUGAAUGCUGUUACAGAUCUGCGCCGGCUCGAGAAGGCGUCAUCACCAACUUAGAUCCCUUCAACACCUACAGGUAUCGCUUGGAGACUUUUGCUGAGACAAGAUCUACAGAAUGGAGUCAAGAACCGUAUACAGGUCAGCCUGUGGAUGCGUUUAUCCAGCCUGCUCCAGAACCGUGGGCGAUCGCAGCCCAAGCACCUGAUUUCUUUCAGGAUCGAAAGCAGACCAUCAGAGUGCCGUAUACCUCCUCAGUCAAGAACUGCCAUAACUGUAUGGGGAUGGGAAAAAAGCCAUGCAAGGACUGUGCCGGGUCUGGGAAUAAAGUUUGCUGGGUUUGUAAAGGUAGCAGGAAUCGCCAUGGAAACGAACCCUGCUCACACUGUCACGGCCAGGGAAGAGAAAACUGUGGCAAGUGCAGUGGAAAUGGCUUCUGUGGAUGUACCCUGUGCCAUGGAAAGAGACAGCUCCUCGUCUUCAUUAAGCUCAAGAUUCAGUGGACUACUCAUAAAAACGAUUUCCUGGUUGAGCAGGCGAGCGGUCUGAGGUCGGAGAAUUUCAGUAAGGUCUCCGGAAGGGUGAUGUUCACAGAUUCACAGUAUAUGCUGUAUCCAGUGACGGGUUUCCCAAACGCUUCACUGAACCAAGCAUCUCAGCAUUUAAUAAGAGAACAUCAAUCCAAGUAUAUUCAGACUUCUCGCAUUCUGCAGCAGCGUCACACCAUCGAGCUGAUCCCCGUCACCAAGGUGAACUACGCCUGGAAAGGGAAGUUCCACACUUACAUUGUGUUUGGGAACGAGAACAGCGUGUUCACAGAGAGCUACCCGGCCACAUGCUGCUGCUCUGUCAUGUAAUCCUAUAAUUCAGCAUUUUUUCAGUCAAAAACACCAAAUGACACAGAAUAUUGAUCAUACUGUACAGUAUUUACGCUGUUAUGGUCAGUUAUUCAUUUUUAUAUCGCAUAUAUAAUUAUUAAGACUAAUUCUCAUAUUAAGACCUAAAUCAAACAUAAAAUGUUGACUUGGAGUUGGUCCCAAGGGUUGACUCAUUCACAAACGGCACAUCGCUGCCACCCGGCCAAUCAGCUGAUAACAUUCUGUUAUUAACCUUGGGGUUAAAAUGGACUCUCAUUUGACGCAUGAGGCUUAUAUCAAACAUCUGUGUAAGACGUCUUAUUUCCACCUCCGGAAUAUUGCAAAACUGCAUCCAGCACCCACUUUUGCAGAUGCAGAAAAGUUAGUCCAUGCGUUUAUCUCCUCCAGGCUGGACUUCUGCAAUGCACUUCUCAUCUGUAUUACCUGAAAAGUCCUUCAAAAGCUGCAGUAUAUUCAGAACAGUGCUGCUAGGAUCCUGAUAAGAGGGCGUAAAUACAACCAUAUUACGUCCAUUCUUAGGUCUCUUCAUUGGCUCCCUGUUUCAUUCAGAAUUGAAUAGAAGGUUGCCCUUCUUACCCACCAGUGUAUUUAUGGGGAUGCCCCACCCUACCUCAAAGAACUUAUUACCUCACAUGCAUCCGCACGCAGCCUCCGCUCUGCAUCAGUACAUCUUUUGAAACCUCCUAAGAGUAAGCUUCAUACUAUGGGAGAUUGGGCUCUUUGCUCAGCUGCACCGAAGAAUGCAUCCUGGUGUAGUAGGCCAUAAUUAAAUACCAAGACACUUCCCUUGUUUUCAUUUGCACUUCCUUACUUACAGUUUUUGUGAUCUUUAAUUCUCAGACACUUAAGGCGAAAUUUAUUUUUACAUUUACAUUUUUUAACAUUUUUUAAGGUAAAAUAAGAAAUAAAUAGAAAAAUUUCUUGCAAAAUUUCCGUUUUUAAGGUAAAAAUUCCUAAAGCGGACAGGGCAUUCGUAUGCCGAGCUACCACCGUAUGAACUUUUUGAUAUGCUAUUUAAUACAGGCCAGCAGGAUGGUGUAGUGGAUAGCACUGUUACCAUGCACCUCCAGAGUCAAAGGUUCUAUUACUACCUUGGGUCUGUGUGCUAGGCUAGUCGGCAGUUCCCAAUUGCCCGUAUUGUUUAAAUGAGUGUGAAAGUGUGUGCCCUGCAAUGGGUUGGUAUCACACAUCGUAUGCAAAGUCUUCUGGAAUAGGCUCCAGGCCUCCAGGCUAUAGAAAAAUCAGGUUCAGCAUACAUGUAUGCAAUGUGGGACGUACAGUACCCUAUGUAGCCUGUCACUUCCUUUUUCUUUUUAAACAUGAGCAGCUUUCUGUUGCUAAACUUUGUUUGUGAGUGGAUGAUUUGGAUCAGCCCACUAAAAGGAGUCGACUUGUUCGGGGCCCCAGACGUAUCAUUGAACAAAUCGGCAUACAUCUAUUAACUAACAGGUAUAUCAACUAGGACUUAAAGAAAGGGCAUUUAAAAACACAGUAAGCAUCACUUUAUUACUAUCAGUUGUUUUGUGUUUCUGUAGCUGCGCUUCAUUGACAUAUAUCCUGAUUCACAAAGCAUUUUUAUAUAGUAUUAUAUGAUAAGCCGUUUUAAUGGCACAAAUUAUAUUAGACUGUACUAUACAGUAUGUUAUGUAUAAUAAUCAGCUCUGAAUACUAACCUAAAAAUUGACUUCAAGACCCAAAAGUUACUCAAUACUCACACUUUUUUUUUGACUAAACUAUUCAUACACACGCCUUUUAAUAUUCUUGGAAAUCUGCUCCACCAUAAAGAGAGGGAGUGCCUAGAACAAAUAGCAUUUGCAUGCUUUUAAAUUGUCAUGACAACUAGCAACACUAAUUCUAGAAAAGGGCUAAAAAUGAUUGUAUGGCUAUGAGUUAUCCUUAUUAGUUAUUAGCCAUUCAUUAUUUCUGUUAAUGUGGUUUAUUAGUUAUAUUAUUCUUGUUUAACCUUAUAAUGCAGUGUAACCUUAUAAUGCCGAGUAUAUACAGUACAUACGUCACAUAGACUUCUUAACCCACACUUUAUGAUAUUUAGAAGAAGCCUUUAUUUGUCACAUAUACUGUACAUUACAGCGCAGCAUUUGCCAUGUUGUUAGGAAGCUGGUGUCAUAGCUGAGUUGAGUUGGAGGUGAGUU